GCGGGCGUCCCCGAGGGACGAUGCCGGUGAUGAAGGGUCUGCUGGCUCCGCAGAACACCUUUCUGGACACCAUCGCCACCCGCUUCGAUGGCACACACAGCAAUUUCAUCCUGGCCAACGCUCAGGUCCGCCGUGGUUUCCCCAUUGUCUACUGCUCUGACGGCUUCUGCGACCUGACCGGCUUCGCCCGCACCGAGGUGAUGCAGAAGAACUGCAGCUGCCGCUUCCUCUGCGGGGCUGAGACCAGCGAGCCCGUCCUGCAGCGCAUCGAGAAGGUGCUGGAGGGCAAGCAGGAACAGCAGGCUGAGGUCUGCUUCUACAAGAAGGGUGGAGCUGCAUUCUGGUGCCUGCUGGACAUCAUGCCCAUCAAGAACGAGAAGGGGGAGGUGGUGCUCUUCCUUGUCUCCUUCAAGGACAUCACAGAGAGCCGGGGCAAGAGCCAUCCAAGCGACAGGAAGGAGGAGAAGCAGAGGAGCAAGAAACCUGGCAGCUCACACCUGCGGGCGGCACGGCGGCAGGGCAGGACAGUGCUGCACCGGCUCAGCAGCCAGUUUGCACGGCGGGACCGCGGUGAGAUGAAAAUCAAUCGGAACGUGUUUGAGAACAAGCCCUCCAUCCCUGAGUACAAAGUGGCCUCGGUGCAGAAAGCCCACUUCAUCCUGCUGCACUACAGCAUCUUCAAGGCUCUCUGGGACUGGCUGAUCCUGGUGGCCACUUUCUACGUGGCUGUCACUGUCCCCUACAACGUCUGCUUCACCAGCACAGAGGACAGCCUCUCGGCCGCGCGCAGCACCAUCGUCAGUGACAUCGUGGUGGAGAUGCUCUUCAUCCUGGACAUCAUCCUGAAUUUCCGAACGACGUAUGUGAGCCACUCAGGCCAGGUGGUGUAUGAGCCCCACUCCAUCUGCAUCCAUUACGUGGCCACCUGGUUCUUCGUGGACCUGAUUGCCGCACUGCCCUUCGACCUGCUCUACAUCUUCAACGUGACUGUGGUGAGGGUGGGGAGAGGGGCUCUAUGGCUGCACAGUGGGGAGCGCCUCCCAACCCAUUCUAUAGCCCACGACCCUCCUGCAGUUGUGGAGAGCGGUGGAGGGUCUCUGCCCCAGGGAAGCGGGGGGGUCCUUCCCAGCCCUUCCUGCAGCUCUGCCAGGUUCACCCUCCUGCCUGCUCCUCAGACCUCGCUGGUGCAUUUGCUGAAGACGGUACGCCUGCUGCGGCUGCUGCGACUGCUGCAAAAGUUGGACCGGUACUCGCAGUACAGCGCCAUGGUGCUGACGCUGCUCAUGUCUGUGUUUGCGCUGCUGGCCCACUGGAUGGCGUGCAUCUGGUACGUCAUCGGCCGCAAGGAGAUGGAGAGCAACGACCCGCUGACCUGGGACAUCGGCUGGCUGCACGAGCUGGGCAAGAGGCUGGAAGCUCCCUACAUCAACAACUCAGCAGGGGGGCCCUCCAUCCGCAGCGCCUACAUCGCCUCCCUCUACUUCACCCUCAGCAGCCUGACCAGCGUGGGCUUUGGCAACGUCUGCGCCAACACUGAUGCCGAGAAGAUCUUCUCCAUCUGCACCAUGCUCAUUGGGGCACUGAUGCACGCCGUUGUCUUUGGCAACGUCACGGCCAUCAUCCAGCGCAUGUACUCGCGCCGCUCGCUCUACCACACCCGCAUGAAGGACCUCAAGGACUUCAUCCGUGUGCACCGCCUGCCCCAGCAGCUCAAGCAGAGGAUGCUGGAGUACUUCCAGACCACCUGGUCGGUGAACAACGGCAUAGAUGCUAACGAGCUGCUGCGUGACUUCCCCGACGAGCUCCGCGCCGACGUGGCCAUGCACCUGAACAAGGACAUCCUGCAGCUGCCCAUCUUCGAGACCGCCAGCCGAGGCUGCUUGCGCUCCCUCUCGCUGCACAUCAAGACGUCGUUCUGCGCGCCGGGCGAGUACCUGCUGCGGCAAGGCGACGCGCUGCAGGCCAACUACUUCGUCUGCUCCGGCUCCCUCGAGGUGCUGAGGGACAGCGUGGUGUUGGCCAUCCUGGGUGAGGGCCGUCCCCACGGCGCGUUGCCGCCUGCCUGGUACGGGGCUGACGCCGCCAUAGCCCCUGCCCCAUCCCCUCCUGCAGGCAAAGGGGAUCUGAUCGGCGCCGACCUGGCCGGCAGGGACCCGGUGAUCAAAACCAACGCGGACGUGAAGGCGCUGACCUACUGCGACCUGCAGUACAUCGGGCUGCGGGGGCUGCGCGAAGUGCUGCGGCUCUACCCAGAGUAUGCCAGCAAGUUCGCAGCAGACAUCCACCAGGACCUCACCUUCAACCUGCGGGAGGGCAGCGAGAUGGAGGGGCUCGGCCGCUUCGCUCGCUCCCCGCGCCUCUCGCAGGCGUCGCAGCCCCGCUCGGACAGCGGCCCCGGCCCGGAGCAGUCCCUCCCCUGCAUCGCAGAGGACGAGGAAGAGGCGGAUGAGGUCUUCCAGCGAUCGCCCCCCGCCGUCACCCCCCGCGAACCGCUGCUGCCCCCACGUAGCAGCCCCACGCGACUCUCCGGCGCUCCUCGCGGAGACGAGCGCGGCAUCCCCAAGGCACGGCCCCGAGGGGAAGCGGGGGGCGGCGGGGGCCGGAGGGCGGUUCUCCUCGGCCCCUCCCUGAACGCCCCCGGACCCACCGAGCUCAGCCCCAGAGUGGUGGACGGAAUCGAAGACGACGGGGGGACCCGGGAGGUGCGAACCUUCUGCUUCGGCGCAACCCCUCGGCCGCAGGGCGCGCCCAGGGGCUCCCCGCCACCAGGGACUGCGGAGCGCGGCCCGGCGCUGGCGGCGGAGGUGGAGGCGGCGGAGCGCAGCAUCGUGCGGCUGAGCCGGGAGGUGCGGGGCCGCCCGGGAGUGCGGGGCCCACUCGCCCCGUCGGGGCUCACUGCUUUCCGUCCCCGUUGCAGAUCGCCCACCUCAACCGCGAGGUUUCGCAGCUCGGCCGGGAGCUGCAGCGCGUGCUGGAGCUGCUCCAGGGCCGCCCGCCGCCCCCCGCGUGUCCUCGUCGUCCGCCCGGAGCCUCGUCGCCGCCCCCCCGGCCCCCGCCGGCCCCCACCGCCUCCCGGGGCUCCACCCCCGCCCGCAGCCGCUCUGUUCCCGCAGCCUCCGGCGGCCCGGGGCUGGGCACGGAAGCACCGCGCCCGCCGUCCCCCGCCGCCCCGCAGCCCGCGCCGCGCCCGCCCGUCCCGUCCCGCAGUCCCCGACCCCGCCGCCCGCGGUGCCGCCUCGUUUCGCCCAAUCCUUCCCGGGCUGCUCGGCCCGCGCCCGCCCGCAGCCCCGCUCCGGAUCCGCCAGCGCCCGCUGAGCCUCGGGAGGGCGGAGGCACCGGGACCCCCCGACUCCGGAGGCGCAUCCAGCACGCGGUGCGGGCCCGGGUUCGCGUCGGUCCCGGCCGCUCUGCACGGAUUUUGAUACCGGUUUUGAUACUCUCCUCGCCCACGGGGCUUUUUGUAAACCCGCCCCCGGGGCCGCGCACCCCUCGUGCCCGGUGUUGGGCGCCGGCCGCCACCCGGGGCGAUGCGGGGCCGCCGCGAGCGGGGCUCGGGGGGAUGGUGGCACCCCGGGGCGGUGCCGUGCAGGACCAGCGCUGCACCCCGGGCGCUGUCCGUUGUUCUGUGCACCGGGGUCGGCAUCGCCCCUCUCCCCUCUGCGCCCCUCCGCCCCGCACAGACGGGA